AUGUCGCAACUCAUCGACAAGCCGCUCCUUGGACCCCUGGUCGCCCUCAAUGGUUGGGUUUUCGCCAUGGAAGGUCUCCUAUACAAACGCAGAAUCCCAGCGCUCAAGAAGUACGGCGUUACUUUCGAUCCAGCUACUGUCAAGAAGCAAAAGGCAGAGAAAUUGCCUCCUUUUGUGAACUGGGCGGCGGACAACUUCAACAACUUACAAGAGCAACCCACCCAAUACUACGCAGUAGUGCUUGCGUUGACCUUCUUGAAUAUCAAGGACAAGACGACCGUUAGCUUGGCAUGGGCUUACGUUGGUCUGCGAGUCCUGCACAGCUUAAUUCAUGUGUCGACGAAUAACCCUGGUAUCCGCUUCCCGAUUUUCGCUGCGAGCUCCUUUGCGCUUUUGGGGAUGACAGCCAAGGCGGCUUUGGAACUUUUCUUCUAG